AUGCGGUCAGUCGGAAUCCGGGUUCUCGCACAGCCGCUCGGCCUGGGCGCUCGCAGCAUCAGCACCACGGCCGUGAUCCGGUCGCAUAUUGGCAGCACGCCGGUGAAGUACACAAAUGAGGUGCAAAUCUCGCACCUGCAGACGCCGUUCAGCAGCACCGACGCGCGGUUCUUCAACAAGACCACGCUGACGGUCAAGGGCCCGCUGGGCGAGCGCAAAAUGGCGAUUGAGCCGUUUGUCAGCCUCGAGAAGGCGCUGGCGAGAACGCCGAGCACCAGCUGGUGGUGGGCAUCCAGGACGCCUGAGAUCAAGAAGCAGCGUGCCAUGUGGGGCACGACGCGCGCGCUGAUCCAGAACUGCGUGACUGGCGUGACAGAGGGAUUCUCGGCGACGCUGCGCCUGGUGGGUGUCGGUUACCGUGCGGCUGUGGAGAACGGCAAGCUGGUGCUCCGGCUUGGGUACUCGCACCCGGUUGAGAUGGAGAUCCCCGAGGGCCUGAAGGUGGGCACGCCGGUGCCGACCAGAAUCCUGAUCAACGGCACCGAUCUGCAGCAGGUCAAGCUGUAUGCAGCCAAGAUCCGCGAGUGGAAGAAGCCGGAGCCAUACAACCAGAAGGGCAUCUUUGUCAACGACGAGACGAUCCGCAAGAAGGACGGCAAGAAGAAGUAAUUUUCCGGGAAUAAAGCAGUGUAUUUUCUGUGCAUUACAUGA